AUGUGCAUUGGAUUUAUAAAAUUAGGAAAACCUGGAGAUCGAUAUAAAUUGAUUGUUUUGAAUAAUCGAGAUGAAGAUUUGAAUCGAGAAACUUCGAAAUUAGAUUGGAAUGAUCAAAAAACUAUUCUAGGAGGUUUGUUUUGGAAAAAAAAUAUGGCAGGGGAACAUUUUUAGCAGAAUUUUGAGAACUUUAUGAAAACUUUUGAAGGUUUUGUCUAAAUUAUCGAUCAAAAUUUUGAAAAUUCCUGGUCAAGUUAGUCUCAAAAAAUUCAGAAGCUUGAGUCUAGACUGGUUUAAAAUUUUUGAUCCUAAUUCCCAAGUUCAAAUUUUUCACCAAUUUCUUUUGAUUCGUAUCCUACUUUUUUUAGGAACUGAUCAAGCGGAUGAAUGCAAAGGAACUUGGUUAGCUAUAAAUAAAAAUGGAAAAAUAGGAAUGUUAUUAUCAAUAACUCAACCGAAAAAUCAAAAAAUGACAAAUUGUCCAAGUCGCGGCCAAAUUUGUCAUCAAUAUUUAAACACCAACAAUUCUCAUUUAUUUUUCGAAACUCUUCUCAAAAAUUCGCAAAUUUUCAAUGGUUUUCAGUUUGUUGGAAUUGAAAGAAAUGAAAAAACCGGAGAAUAUUCGGAAGUUUUGAGUUUAGCCAACAAAUAUGUGGAAGAUGUUGAAGUUAUUAGAAAUUAUGAUUCGAUUCAAGUUUAUUCAAAUAGUCCAACAAAUAUUCCAUUCAAAAAAGUGUUGAGAGGAGAAAAUAUUUUUGAAGAAUGUUUAGCAGAUUCUGAAAAUAUGGAAACAUUUGAGAUUUUUGAAAAUCUAGUUGAACAAGUUGCAAAAAACAAAACACGGUAAUAGAAACACGAAAUAUCUACUGUAAUCAUGAAUACAUUUUCAGACAUUUACCAGAUUCUCAAAUUCAACUUCAAACUGGAUAUUCUGAAACAAUGUAUGCACCUUUAUCCUCAAUUUUUGUUGAAUUUCCAUCGGGUUUGGAGUACGGUACACGUUGUCAUACUGUAAUUAUAAUUGAUAAAUUCGACAAGGUUACGGUAUUUGAAAGACGAAGAGAAAAUGGAAAAUGGUUGGAUGAAAUGAAAGAAUUUGAGAUUUAUGAAUAA